CCCACGAUCGAAAAGCUCGCUAGGAACUCCGCGCACUCGCCGCUUCGCUCGGGACGGCUGGCAGGCCGUCCGGCCCCGCCCCGCGCCGCCCGGCCCUCCGCCCUCAGGUCAGUUCUCUGCCUGCCCACAGCAGCCGUAGGUGAGGGCUGGGGUCUGGGCUGUGCGGGGCGCGGGGCGCGGCGGCCCACGCCCACUUUGCUGCUGGCCUUCGGGAGACUGGAAAAUUUCAUCGGAGACCCCGAUCACCAGCCCUGCUUCCUGGAUGAGAUCUUUAGCUUUUCCGACCCCCGGUUUUCUCCUCUGUACGUGGCGUUAAUGACAGUACCUACCUCACAGAGUUAUUGAAGAGGUAUUCAGGCAAAUCGUUUGCCACCUAGGAGGCUGCGAGAGAUGGGAAUUCCCAUUUCCAGUUUUCCGUUGCCGUGACCCUGUUUCCGCGAAAGAAGUUCAAAGAAGGAUUUCUGGUUAUUUCUAUUUGUGCAACUCAGUUUACUGGGGCAGUCCAGUAAAAAAGGAAAGUGUGUUGUUACUCCGUUUUCAGACUCCGAAUCCUUCCUCUCCCUUCAUCUCCCCGAAGUUGUGGCUUAAGAGGCGCACACUAAAAGGGGAAUAUGCACCGAAUGCUAUAGCAGUAAAAGGAGCAGCAAGGUUGCUUCCCCGCAAGAAAUCUGUGGAGGAGACUCCCCAAAGAAGGUUCUUUUUCGAAUUUGGAAUAAACUUCCAGGAGGACUAUGAAAGAUUAUGAUGAACUUCUCAAAUACUAUGAAUUAUAUGAAACUAUUGGGACAGGUGGCUUUGCAAAGGUCAAACUUGCCUGCCAUAUCCUUACUGGAGAAAUGGUAGCUAUAAAAAUCAUGGAUAAAAAUGCACUAGGGAGUGAUUUGCCCCGGAUCAAAACGGAGAUUGAUGCCUUGAAGAACCUGAGACAUCAGCAUAUAUGUCAACUCUACCAUGUGCUAGAGACAGCCAACAAAAUAUUCAUGGUUCUUGAGUACUGCCCUGGAGGAGAGCUGUUUGACUACAUAAUCUCCCAGGAUCGCCUGUCAGAAGAGGAGACCCGAGUUGUCUUCCGUCAGAUAGUAUCUGCUGUUGCUUACGUACACAGUCAGGGCUAUGCGCACAGGGACCUCAAACCAGAAAAUUUAUUGUUUGAUGAAUAUCAUAAAUUAAAGCUGAUUGACUUUGGUCUGUGUGCAAAACCCAAGGGUGACAAGGAUUACCACCUACAGACAUGCUGUGGAAGUCUUGCUUAUGCAGCACCUGAAUUAAUACAAGGCAACUCAUAUCUUGGAUCAGAGGCUGAUGUCUGGAGCAUGGGGAUACUCUUAUAUGUACUUAUGUGUGGAUUUCUACCAUUUGAUGAUGAUAAUGUCAUGGCUUUAUACAAGAAGAUUAUGAGAGGAAAAUAUGAUGUUCCUAAAUGGCUUUCUCCCAGCAGCAUUCUGCUUCUUCAACAAAUGCUACAGGUGGACCCAAAGAAACGGAUUUCUGUGAAAAAUCUAUUGAACCAUCCCUGGAUCAUGCAGGAUUACAACUAUCCUGUUGAGUGGCAAAGCAAGAAUCCUUUUAUUCACCUUGAUGAUGAUUGUGUAACAGAACUUUCUGUACAUCACAGAAACAACAGGAAAACAAUGGAGGAUUUAAUUUCAUUGUGGCAAUACGAUCACCUCACAGCUACCUAUCUUGUACUUCUAACCAAGAAGGCUCGGGGAAAACCAGUUCGUUUAAGGCUUCCUUCUUUUUCCUGUGGACAAGCCAGUGCUUCCCCAUUCACAGACAUCAAGUCAAAGAAUCUGAGUCUGGAAGAUGUGACCACAAGUGAUGAAAGAAAUGUGGCUGGAUUAAUAGACUAUGAAUGGUAUGAAGAUAAUUUAUCAACAGCUGUGGCUACUCCCCAAACAUCACAGUUUAACAGGCAUUGGACAGAAUCAAAUGGGCUGGAAUCGAAAUCAUUAACUCCAGUAUUAUGCAAAACAUCUGCAAAUAAAUUAAAGAACAAAGAGAAUGUAUAUACUCCUAAGUCUGCUGUAAAGAAUGAAGAGUACUUUGUAAUUCCUGAGCCAAAGACUCCAGCUAAUAAGAACCAGCAUAAGAGAGAAAUACUUACCACACCAAAUUGUUAUACUACACCCUCAAAAGCUAGAAACCAGUGCCUGAAAGAAACCCCAAUUAAAACGCCAGUAAAUUCAACAGGAACAGACAAGUUAAUGGCAGGUGUCAUUAGCCCUGAGAGGAGGUGCCGCUCAGUGGAGCUAGAUCUCAACCAAGCACACAUGGAGGAUACUCCAAAAAGAAAAGGAGCCAAAGUGUUUGGGAGCCUUGAAAGGGGACUAGAUAAGGUUAUCACUGUGCUUACCAGGAGCAAAAAGAAGGGCUCUGCCAAAGAUGGGCCACGAAGGCUAAAGCUUCACUAUAAUGUGACUACAACCAGAUUACUGAAUCCAGAUCAACUCUUGAAUGAAAUAAUGUCUAUUCUUCCAGAGAAGCAUGUUGACUUCGUGCAAAAGGGUUAUACACUGAAGUGUCAAACACAGUCAGAUUUUGGCAAAGUGACAAUGCAGUUUGAACUAGAAGUGUGCCAGCUUCAAAAACCUGAUGUGGUGGGUAUUAGGAGGCAGCGGCUUAAGGGCGAUGCCUGGGUUUACAAGAGAUUAGUGGAAGACAUCCUGUCUAGCUGCAAGGUAUAAUUGAUGGAUGGUUUCUAGCCCACUGGAUGAGUGUGGGUGUGAUAUAAUCUACAUGGUGACUGGUGUGAUCGGUUUGAUUUUAAAGUCCAUUGGAACUACAAACUCAUUUCAAAAGAGCUAUCUUAAAACCAAUAUCUUUUUGUUUUUAAACAAAAGAUAUUAUUUCGUGGAUGAAUCUAAGGCAAGCCCAUCUGUCAUUAUCUGUUACUGUCUUUUUAAAUCAUGUGGCUUUGUAUAUUAAUAAUUGUUGACUUUCCUAGAUUCACUUCCAUAUGUGAGUAUAAGCUCUUAACUACAUCUCUUUUUAAUGUAUAAUUUCUCUCUGAAAUAAAACCAUUUGUGCAUAUA